AUGGAGGACGACGAUCUAGCACAGGCACCGCGCCUCGAGCAACUGAAAGCCCAAGGCGGCGGAGGCAGAGGCGGAGGGUCCAGCAGCGGGGGCGGAUCGCAAGAGCAGAAACAGUGCGCACCCCAGUCCGGUCCAGUCCAGUCUAAUCCAUCCGAGGACGCUCGGAGCCCUCAUGCUAACAUAUGUACUUACGACUUUAGACAGCAGGAAUCCGAAGCGCGGGCCUCCAUCCUCCAGCAGAUCCUCGAGCCCGAAGCCGCGGACCGCUUGGGACGCAUCCGCCUCGUGAAAGAGUCGCGCGCGAGAGAUGUGGAGGAUAGGCUGAUCAUGCUGGCGCGGAGCGGGCAGUUGCGGAGUAAGGUUACGGAGACACAGUUGAGGGAGCUGUUGGAGGCCGUGGCCGAGAAGGGGAAGGAGGAGAAGAUUGUGGUGUCUAGGCGGAAGGGAGGAUGGGAUGACGAGGACGACGAUGAUUUGUUUAAGGACUUGUGA